UGGUGGGGUAGGUUAGCAACGUCUACAUCUUACUGGAGGCUUCUUAGGCGGAUUGCUUCAUCUCACCUCUUUGCACCAAAGCGCAUUGCAGCUCACGAGCCAGGGCGUUAGAUGGACUGCUCUGCCAUGUUGAAUGGCAUAGCCGGGGAGCAGUCUGCUCGUGGUGCCGUGACCUUGUGCAAGCACCUUCAAGCUGCUGCGCUGAACAAUAUCAUGGGAAGUGUAUUUGGCAAGAGGUACGAUGUGGGGCAAGAUAGCGAAGAGGUGAGAGAGCUCCGUGAGAUGGUGAAGGAAAGGUUUGAGCUCCUGGGCACUUUUAACUGGUCCGAUUAUCUGCCGUGGCUGAGUUACCUCUACGAUCCUUUCCGUAUUAACCAACGAUGCUCGGCUCUUGCUCCUAGAGUGAGGAAGCUCGUCCGUGGGAUCAUUGAGGAACACCGACGGCGUGGAAGUGGUAAAGUCUCUGAUAACGCCGAUUUUGUUAAUGUUCUUCUCUCUCUCGACGGUGAAGAGAAACUAGAAGAAGACGGUUUUUGCAGAUGUUUCUUUGCGAGGGGAAAGGGGAAAGGGGAAAGGGGAAAGGGGAAAGGGAAGAAGAGAGAUCCGGGGAGAAGCAGUGAUGCAUUAUUCGUGUAUUGUGAGGUUAGAUUUCAACGAAAAACUAACGGAAAAGGGUCUUUAUCUUACGACAGACCCUAUAGUACAAGGGGAUCUUUACAAUUUACCUUAAUUUUUAAUUUUCAUUGUAAUAUCGUGCAUCGCCCGGGUCCUUAAGAGUAAACUCCAUUACAAGAGUUAUGUAUGGAUCUUGGGUUGAAUAGUGCAUACGCAACACGUGGCAUUGUUUAAGGUGAUGCAAAUAGAAUUCACAAUCGGAGCUCAACGACUAUUAUAUUCCAAAAAACUACUAUAUUCCUCAAUCCUCAUCGCCAUCGGUUGCGGUUCCAUGUUUAGCUUGGCAAGGAAGCCAGCUUGUCUCCUCUCCCCCUGACAGUGCUACGGGUUUUUUCGGGCUCCCACGAACGUUCAGCUCCGGUGCCGAACCUGAGGCUCUACCAACGAGCAACUUGAGUAGUUGAGUGGCGGCUCAGGAAACUUGGUGGCUUCAGGCUUCUAGCGCGGUGCCUAGCCUAGAUAUGAAAUUCUCCGCGGGAAAAACUGCGGUUUUAUGCCCGAGCCUUUUCUAACGGCUCCUGACUAAGUUUCCCGCGCACACUUUUAUUCGUAUGGUGGAGAAAAGGAAAAUCAUAUAAAUGGUACUCAUCAUCCAUAUUCGCUCUCGCUCUCGCUGUGUGGCGGACCUUCUUCCUUCUUCCUCUGUUUUAAGUUAACAACAAUGGUCAAGUCGUGGCUUAUCGAUGGUAGAGGAAUUGCAGCUAAAGUGAAAAAUGCCACUCAAUUCUCUUCACAUCAGGUCAAAGACUUGGGGGCAAAUCGACAAUGCCCUAACUGCCACCAUCACAUUGAUAACAGUGAUGUUUCACUUGAAUGGCCAGGCUUGCCUGCUGGUGUAAAGUUUGAUCCAUCUGAUGUAGAACUUUUAGAACAUUUGGCAGGAAAAGUUGGAGUUGGAGAUUCAGAACCCCAUUUGUUCAUUGAUGAACUCAUUCCUACACUUGAGGGAAAUGAAGGAAUUUAUUAUACGCAUCCUGAAAAUCUUCCUGGUGCUAAGAAAGAUGGAAGUAGUGUUUAUUUUUUCCAUAGAACAGCCAAUGCAUAUUCAAUUGGACAUCGCAAGCGCCGCAAGAUUCAUCAUCAAUGUAACAAGGGAGAGGAGCAUGUCCGCUGGCAUAAAACUGGUAAAACCAAACCUGUGGUUGAAAAUGGAAUGCAGAAGGGCUUUAAGAAGAUUAUGGUUCUCUAUAAAAGUUCAAAGAAGGGGUCAAAGCCUGAUAAGUACAAUUGGGUGAUGCAUCAAUACCAUCUAGGGACUGAAAAUGAUGAAAAGGAAGGUCAAUAUGUUGUUUCAAAAAUUUUCUACCAACAGAAGAAGAAGCAUACUGAUAAGAGUGAUGCCGAAAUAGAGAUGGUCCAAGCUAGUCCAAGGACUCCCAAAACAAAGACUCCUGACAUACGUCAACCAAGAAAGGGUGCUCUAUGUGAUGUCAUCAAUGAAGAGAAAGAAACAGAGUUCAUUGAAAAUGCACCUCAGCCUCCUCUCUCUGCUGUUAGUCUGGAUGACGAUAGGCUGGAUCCUGCGUGGUGGGCGGGCGAAUCUCAGCCUGUUGAAGACCCAGAUCCAAAUGCCAUGGAUGACUUACUGUUGUGCAAUGAGAUUUUUGAUUCUUACACUCCAAUAGAUAAUUCAGUGGGUCUCUCAGAUUUAAGUUGUCACAGGAAUGAUGCACUCACAGAUGUCAACACAGCAUCUGGGAUCCCUAACCUUGAUGAUGUAGAGAUCGGUAUAACAGAUUUUCAGCUUGCAGAUCUGCAGUUUGGUUCGCAAGAAAGUAUUAUGGGUUGGUUAGACCGACUAUAGAGAGCGGACACGACCUAAGCUUCAAGACCAGUAUGUUAGUAUGUUUCUCCCCGCCCGUGCUUGGUGGGUUCUCUUUAGAAGGUUAUGUCCAUGGGUCUUAAAAUGUAUAUUGUAUGAUGCAAUGCCUGCUGCCAGCCUAACAUGUUUUAUUGGAUUUGGGUACUUUGCUCAUUCUUCUCCAUGUCUCUGUUGAAUGAAAGUUUUUUAACGCAGAGGGAGGUAUUUUUCAUCCUCUUUUAAUCGUCAUCAACAUCAAAGGCAUGCUAAUUAGACGAUGUAAAACCCUUGUGUA